CUGCGCCUGCAAUAGAACCUCAUAAGCCUGCUAGCUAAUUUUCAUUUGGAAGAAAGUGAAAGUUUGCAAGAAAUAUGUCAGCAUCAGCUUUUCUUCCGUUUUGGGAUCAAUUAUUUUAUUUCAGUCCCAUGUGAGGUUACUGGAGAAUGAAGCGCACAAAGGCUCAGAGACAUAAUUUAUACAUUUUUGGCGCUCAAAAGAUGGUUGAUGACCAAGUAGUUCCACAGUUUUCCAGAUUUCUUCAUGAUGAUCCUUAUGUAAAACCAUACCAGACUGAGAUAGAGAGAAGGUAUAAGUGUUUGUCCAAACUAAAGGAUGAUAUUGAGAAGAAUGAAGGUGGAGUGGAAAAGUUCACCAGAGGUUAUGAAAAGUUUGGGAUCAACAGAACUCCAGAGGGUUUGGUAUACCGUGAAUGGGCCCCAGCUGCUUGUGGAGUGUAUCUCACCGGGGACUUCAAUGGCUGGUCCAGAACUUCUCAUCCAUGUACCAGAAAUGAGUUUGGAGUCUGGGAGCUAGUCCUCCCUUAUAAGGAGGAUGGUUCAUCACCAAUCCCCCAUGGAUCAAAAGUUAAGGUUUCAAUUCAGCUUGAAAAUGGUAAUUUAGUGGAUCGCAUUUCUCCUUGGACUCGUUAUGCCGUUUGUCCUGAGGACAGCAUUCUGUAUGAAGGAAUCCAUUGGGACCCUCCACAACCAUAUCAGUGGCAGCACAGUCGGCCCAAGAAAACUUCAGGCCUGCGAAUCUACGAGGCUCACGUUGGUAUAGCUUCCCCAGAGCCAAAAGUAGCAAGUUACAAAGAUUUUACACACAACGUCAUUCCACGUAUAAAAAAAUUAGGAUACAACUGCAUACAGCUUAUGGCUAUCAUGGAACAUGCGUAUUACGCCUGUUUUGGUUACCAGGUAACCAACUUCUUCGCUGCCUCCAGCCGUUAUGGUACGCCGGAGGAGUUGAAGGAACUUAUAGAUGUAGCACACGAGAACGGCAUUUUAGUCUUACUGGAUGUAGUGCACAGUCAUGCCGCAAAGAAUGUGAUGGAUGGCUUGAAUGAAUUUGAUGGUUCACAAAGCUGCUAUUUUCAUGGGAGUGGACGUGGAUUUCAUUCACUGUGGGACAGUCGACUCUUUGACUACACUCAGUGGGAGGUUCUCCGAUUCCUUCUUUCCAACCUUCGUUGGUACAUGGAAUAUUACCAUUUCGAUGGCUUCCGAUUUGAUGGUGUCACUUCUAUGAUCUACCAUGACCACGGAAUGGGACAUGGAUUCGGCGGAGACUAUCCGGAUUACUUUGGACUUGGAGUAGAUACGGAAUCACUUAUCUACCUCAUGUUAGCCAACGAAAUGUUGCAUACGAUUUAUCCUGACGUUAUCACGAUUGCCGAGGAAGUGUCAGGAAUGCCCGGCCUUUGUCGUCCAAUCACUGAAGGUGGAGUGGGUUUUGAUUAUCGACUUGGAAUGGCCAUCCCGGACAGAUGGAUUAAGGUUCUAAAAGAGCUGAAGGACGAGGACUGGCACAUGUGGGAUAUUGUGUGGACUCUUAUCAAUCGACGACACAAUGAGAAAACCAUUGCUUACACAGAGAGUCAUGACCAGGCCCUUGUCGGUGACAAGACUAUUGCAUUCUGGUUAAUGGAUAAAGAGAUGUACACGCAUAUGUCGGAGACAACGCCGCUGACCCCCAUCAUCGAUAGGGGAUUAGCAUUACACAAGAUGAUAAGAUUGAUAACCUUUGGUCUGGGAGGGGAAGGCUACCUGAAUUUCAUUGGAAAUGAAUUCGGACAUCCGGAAUGGUUGGACUUUCCACGCGAGGGGAACAACAACAGCUAUCACUAUGCACGGAGGCAGUUUAAUCUAGUGGACGAUCCGUUGCUUAGAUACAAGUGUCUGUUUGAGUUUGACCGGGCCAUGAUGCACCUGGAGGAAAAAUACCAUUGGCUGGAGUCUUCUCAGGCCUAUGUUUCCUGUCACCAUGAAGAUGACAAACUAAUCGUAUUUGAAAGAGCUUCAUUAAUGUGGGUGUUCAACUUUCACCCUACCAAGAGUUUCGCUGACUACAGAAUCGGCGCCAGCAUCGCUGGAAAAUACAGAAUAGUUUUGGAGACAGAUUCAGCUGAGUACGGUGGGCACAAGCGAUUGGAUCCAAACUGUGAAUACUUUGUAGACAGCCAGCCAUGGCAUGACAGACCAUUCUCUCUUUUGGUCUACAUUCCUUGCCGUACAGCCCUAGUUCUAGCUCCUGUAUAACGUUUACUUCAUGGGCCUAUUAAACAGAUAGUGUGGGAAUCUCUGCCAAUUUUUAUACUGAGAUAAAUGGGCAUUUUGUACAUGGUGAACACAGUUCCCUAUAAGAUAUGUUAUAUCAUUAAAGUCAAUCAACUAUUUACGUGUGGGAUAUUUUAGGUCGAUAUACAAUUUUUUCUUUAUUUGAGUUGAAAUAUGUUAAAACGAAAAAAUCACAACUCUUAAAAAAGGAGAUUGCAGGAACAUACUCCUGUUUGGUGAGGUUUUCAUUUUUAGGUUAUUAGGGAGUGUGUUUAAAAGUUGAAGGAAUUGCUUUGAAAUAUCACAAUCGCUGCAGUAUUUUUAAUACGAGCAAAGUAUGAAUCUAAUGGCAGAAUUUUCCUCCUUUAAGUUAAAACGUCGUAAAAGAGUGAGUCAGUUUUCAUGUGGAAUCGGUGGGGUGGUUUGACGAGUCACUUAACCUAAUCAAAUAUCAAAUUUUAGUUUAAAACUUCUUACUCCCAAGAGUGACAAAGACAGAAUUUCACCUUACAAUAUCAAUACAACAUCAAGUAGACAAGUGAUAAGAGUAAAGACGAUUAUCAAUUACGAGAUUAUAAGUUGAUACAGGACCAAAUUAUCCCAACUGACAUCAUGAGAAUUGCCUGGAGAUUUGAGUGAAGGGGUGAAUUGUUAGAGUUAACUGCUUGUGAUGGAUUAGUGUCGGCGUGUUACGGAUGAGGUGAGGGGUGUCGUUGUAUAGUGGAGCAAGUAAUAGAAAAAUAAACAAUUUAUUUGGGAUA